AUGUCUAACGUUGUUGUGCUAGGUUCAGGUAUUGUUGGCCUCUACACUGUGUGGUCGCUGAUCACAGAGGCAAAAGUCAAACCAUCCAAGAUUGUCGUCAUUGGAGAACAUCUCCCUGGUGACUUGUCAAUUAACUACACGUCGCCAUGGGCCGGUGGUAACUUCUCCUGUAUCUCUCCUAAUGAUGCAGACACCCUCUCCUUUGACAAAUUCACCUACACAAAUGUGGCGAAGAUUCAGAAGGUCCUUGGGGGCCCAUCCUGCGGCUUGGACAUGAAACCAAGCACCGAGUUCUGGGAUGAGUAUCCCGGAGACGCCAAGAUCAACUCCUUGAAAGGCUACUUGAAGGAUUUUAAGGUCGUCCCAUCAUCGGAACUACCAGCCGGAACUGCAUUUGGUAUCACCUUCACCACAUGGAACUUCAACUGCCCUCUAUUCCUUGCCAACUUCAGAACCUACCUCGAAAAGACCGGAGUAUCCUUCAGAAGACAGAAACUCACUCAUAUCUCUCAAGCUUACCUUCCACACACCGUUGCAGUGUUCAACUGUACCGGUAUUGGCGCAUUCUCGCUUUCCGGUGUCAAGGACUCAAAGGUUUACCCAACAAGGGGCCAGGUCCUGGUCGUCAAGGCACCACACAUCCAGGAGAACAGAAUGAGAUGGGGCGCAGACUAUGCCACGUACAUCAUUCCGCGGCCAAACUCCGGCGGUAAGCUCAUCCUUGGUGGCUUUUUGCAGAAAGACAACUGGACAGGUGAUACAUUCGAAGAGGAAACAAAGGAUAUUAUUAAAAGAACAACCGAGCUCAUGCCAAAAAUCUUGGAUCAGCCUUUGGAAAUCUUGGCCGUUGCAGCAGGCUUGAGACCAAGUAGACACGGAGGGGUGAGGAUAGAAGCAGAAAAGGUCGAAGAGAAACUUUUGAUCCACAACUACGGUGCUAGUGGAUAUGGUUACCAGGCAGGUUUGGGUAUGGGACACAAAGCAGUCCAACUGUUUCAAACAACAGGAAAGGUUUCUGCAAAACUUUAA